UGCUGCUCUCUGUCUGUCUGUCUGUUAGCCUGUUGCAGCUGUCAGCAUUGAAAUCAUUCUCCGUCUUUCGAAAAUGCUGGAAAAUCCUGAAUCUAAAUGUGAAAAGACUCCAUGGACAAGGGCUAAGCGGUGGUUGUGUUUUUUGAUGUGCUUCACGGUGGCAACUUUAAUAUUUACUUUCUACAAUUCAAGCACCGAAGUAUCAUGGCCUUUGAACUUUUGGAAGACAAGUUCAGUGUCGAGCCAGUCUUACAACAAUUUGACUACUGCAGUUGGCAGUGUUUCUGUAGGUGACCAUUUAACACCACAGUACUCUGUGGCAUACCCGCACCAGUAUGAUUUCAUAUUGGAUGAACCAAACAGAUGUUGGCAGGAAAGCCCAUUCUUGGUUCUUAUGAUCCCAGUCGCACCCCACAACAGAGAGGCCCGUGAUGUAAUCCGCAAAACCUGGGGAAAAGAAACUACAGUGCUGCGCCAAGUGGUCAGCCAUUACUUUCUGCUGGGACUGUCCAGGGAGGGAGGUGACUCAGAGCUCCUUGAGGAACAAGUGUUACAGGAAAGCCAGAGACAUCAAGACAUUCUCCAGAGUAACUUUGUGGACUGCUACAGUAAUCUCACCAUUAAAACCAUGGUCAUGUUUGAAUGGCUCAAUUCCCAUUGCCCCAACACCUCCUAUGCCAUGAAGGUAGACUCAGACAUUUUCCUUAAUGUCCACAACCUUGUUGACAUGCUUUUGAAGGCCCCCCGAUAUGUCUACAUGACAGGACACAUUGCAAGGGGUGCUCCUGUUCUUCGAGACCAUAAUUCGAAGUGGUUUCUGCCUGUUUCUUCCUUCCCUGAGUCACGUUACCCACCAUAUGCCCUGGGACUGGGCUAUGUGUUCUCACUGGAUUUACCCAAAAAGAUACUGGAGGCAUCUUUGCAUGUUAAAACUGUUUACAUUGAAGAUGUGUACGUGGGACUGUGUAUGAGAUAUCUGGGAAUCGCACUGACAGAUCCUCCUGAUUCUAGUUUGUUUAGGAUUACGAUGCCUUAUCUCACAGGCAACUGUUACUGGACCUCUGUCAUUACAACAAUACUGCAGGCUAACCAGCUUUCAGACGUAUGGGGAAAGUAUCAAACUCAAGCACAAAGUGGCUGUUAAACACUUCUGCCUGUGCCUUGCUAAAACUAUGAGCGUUUUAAAGUUGCACCCUAUAACUGCAUAUCCCUGUUGCGCAGUGCAGCUGCUACAACAACACUCUGAUUACACCAUAAGUGACUAUCUUGAUGACAUUUUUUAUCUGUUAAGUAUGGAAUCAACUUUUGAUACCAAGGCAGAGAGAAAGAGAAACAUAUCCAUUUUGAGGUUAAGGAAAAUGUUUUAUAUUGUAGGUCUUUGCAAAGAUUGCUUAAAUGUUUAUAAAGAUAUUGAUACAAUGAUUAUAAUAUUUUAGGACGGAGAGGAGUUUUUCAAAUUGCUCUUAUGGCUAUGCAGCUUACAUGCACAGGAAACAGGGUGUGACUCAAAUAAGUAGCAGGCCUAGAAGUUGCCACACGGUGAAACAAUGGAGCUGUCUGCAUUUAAAGCGCCUAAAAGUCUAACAUUUCUAUUCUAUUUUGAAAAACAGUUUAAUGGCAUGAAGAAAAUUUUGUUGUGUUCGAAUGGGUAUAAAUAGCACAAAGUGUGCUUGACUAUCUCUCACUGACAGAAACCUCACACUACAGCUGCAUACUAACACACACUUUUAACAGUUCACACAGUCUACCAAAAAAACUGUGGCUGUAGUUACCAUGGACCUGUAAUGAUAAACAAUAUCCACAACAUUAAUGGAAUUUACUGUCAGGAAUAAGAGAUUCUGUAGUACAGCUACACCCCCCCUGGCCUGCUUACAUUCAGGGGACUGUCAUAGUAGUCUGCAGCUGGAUUUGUUGUUAACUGGCCAGACUAGUUGUAACCAAAAUAUUCACCAGCAAAAUAACUUUUCCCGUACAUUCAGGGGCACCGUCAGCUGUUAACACGAGAACAUGCAAGCAUCAAUGAGUAUGAGUAUGAUUUGAGCAAGCAUAAUGUCAUAAUUUUGAACAAAAAAUGAUUUCUAUGCAUGAUGUGCAAUAAACUGCUUUGGCUGCUCUUUAAAGUUUCAACUAAAAACAUUUAUGUGUUGCACACAACCUUUUUCACUCCUAAGGUGAACACAGAUCUGAUACUGAAGUGAGGUUAUAUCUUAGUGAUGGAAGGCACUUUAAGUAAGCUUCAGCAAACACCAUUAAAAAUACACUCUGAAGGUUAUAAUGUGAAGUUUUUCUUUAAACUGUUUUAGAAAGGUAUUGAUUCAACUUUAUGGUCAUUUGGGAGGAUUUAGUUUUGUGGUGCCGUUGAAGAGAAUGAGCUCCGACCCAUGAGUUUGGACUGCUCCGAUUCCUUAGAAAGGCUAAACAACUCACUGUAGUUCAGAUAAACAGGAUAGAAUGCAUAUCCUUGUGCGAGAAAAAAAACAAAAACGUCUCUGAUUCUACAGAAGGGCGAGGCUGGCUCAAAGAGAGUGUCUCAGUACUGCCUUUGACAACACCUGUGCACAUUUAGAUAUGUUUUGGAGCACAUUUCAACUGAAACUUAUUAGGAAAAAAUGUACAUACUCAUUCUGUAGCUUCAACAAGCAGUGUGCCUAAUACUUUUACUAUGAGUUACUAUGCAAGGCAGUAACAACCUGGGCGAAACUGUUGGAAGGAAUGGGAGGCCAGAUGUGCCACAAGCAAACUGUUGGAUGAUCUUUCAUUUGGGUUCUGAGGUUCACAAAGAUUACAGUGCAGUAUCUGUGAGCAAAAUUCAACCAUGAGUACUUGCCCUCUUAUGCUUCUCUGCCCACUGAAUGAUCUUCUUCCCGAAUUUAUGUAUUUAUCCUAACCUGUUUAUAUGAACUAAAGUAAGUUGUUUAAUGAGCCCACUUUAUGUGAAAUGACAGCAUGUUUAAUCGUGUUGAAAUUAUUGCUACAAUAGGUUCAUAAGGAGAAGUUUGUUUUUACCCUGUUGUCACCUCUAUUUUGAUCUCUGCAGUUAGAUACAUUAAAAAAAAAAUUUCCUCAAACAUACAUAGCUAAAAGAGCCACUCCCUAAGAUGACUGUUUUCACAGAAAUCUGAUAGCAGCCCUGUCUUACGCUUAGGGUGUGUUUUUUGGGUUUUUUUCUCAUAUACAGAGUAAUGUCAGCCAUGAUCUAACUUGCAAACAUAAGCAACAGCGCUCUCGUGUGGUAAGCAGGGAUAUGACAGAGCAGAAAAAGGGAAGGGACAGUAGUGUGGUAGGAAGUGAGAGCUAAUGGAGUAAAAUUGAAAAGGAUGUGAGUUGUAAUAAAGAUUUUAUAACGUUUCAUACAGAAAUGACCAAUUUCUUUUAUAAUUCCUUUAUAACCAUAUACUACAUCUCAUCUAAUAAUCCUGUCCCUCUGCUUUUUCUUUUUUUAAAUGUCAGUGCAUUUGUAUCUAUAAAAGUUUGUGAACCCCUGUAUGAAGCUCUUCCAUGAGAAAAAUGUGGACAGGGAGACACUGUGUGAGA